AGACCCAUUUAUUUACUGCAGCAAUUUCUCAGUUGCCAGUCUGCUCCAAUUAUCUUUGAGUUGGUGAUCUGAAUCAUGGCGGUUUCAGCACCAACUCUUUCUCAGCUUUCUUGCUUCUCUUCAAUCAACCGUCGUAAUUUGCAUCUCCACCGCCGUCCCAUUCUCUUUCCAUCUCUUCCUCUUUCCCGCUCCAAGCUAUCGAUUGUAAUGAGUGUUGAAGGAGGAGGACAUGGUAUGGAUACAUCAAGUUCAGAUAUCAAAACUAAUACUAGUGUUGAAUCGAAAUCAUAUAUGAAAGGGGCAGAGACAGCGAAACCCCAUAAUGAUAAUAAUACUGAUCCAGCCAAGGUGUAUGGCGCCGCCAAAAUACACGACUUUUGUUUUGGGAUUCCUUAUGGUGGCCUUGUUCUAAGUGGGGGCCUUCUUGGUUUCCUAUUCUCAAGAAAUCCUACAAUUUUAAGCACUGGUGUUCUAUAUGGAGGUGCUUUGCUAGCCCUUAGCUUUUUAAGCUUAAAGAUCUGGAGGCAAGGAAAAUCCAGCAUACCAUUUGUACUAGGACAAGCUGUAUUGUCUGCAGCCCUUUCCUGGAAGCACUUUCAGGCAUAUUCAUUGACAAAGAAGCUAAUUCCAACAGGUUUUUAUGCUGUCAUCAGUGCUGCAAUGCUGUGCUUCUUUUCUUAUGUGAUGAUCUCUGGAGGAAAUCCACCACCAAAGAAAUUACAGUCUUCAACUGUUGGAUCAUGAUGAAAAUUCUAAAAGGUCAGAUUAUAAAUCCAAUAAUAGGAAUUUUCAGAUUAUAAGAGAAUGUGGCUGCAAAUUUAUUUGAUUUCAAGCUAGUACGAGUUACCCAGUACAUUCUUUUUCGUGCGUGAGGUACUGUUAAUUUUAGGUUGCAGUUGUGUAAAGAAGGUUUUUGGCAGCAGCAGUGUCCAAAUUAGCAAGUAAAUGGUCUACUGAGUCAAUUUGGAUGUGUUAUACUUAUUCUUGUCACCUACAAACAAGAAACAAAUAUAUGAAAUACAAUCCUUGUGCCAUGUAAUUACUCAGCGGAAUCAACCCUUGUAGACCAAUUCCGCACUAUAUACUUUGAUGUUUAAAAAAACUUAUAAUGGGUCUGCUGCUGUACUUUGUUUA